AUGUCAGCGGUGCAUUCCCGUCGUGACGUCUUCUUCACAGUCAUGAAUAACCAGCCUAAUCAGCAGCUUAUACCUCCUCCAUUACAGACAAUACGAGCUGCAUACGCUGAGCUUGGUCGCCGUGUUACGGUAGCCCUCUGCACACAGAUUGGGGACCACACACGGUUAGGUGAAGAGCAGAGGCAUUGCUUACGGUUAUCAGCACUAGUGACACAGGCAAGUAGUGUUGUUCCGAGGUACAUUCUCUUAUUUGCUCAAUUAGAUCUGCAAAGUAUGAUAGAUCAUCUGGAUGAUGCAGCUCGUCAGUCAGUGGACCCACCAGAUGCUCCACCAAUACAGGCAUCUUAUGUGGUGCCAACUGGGCGACCAGGACGCCCCCGUAUCGAAAUCGAGCCAUCUAUUUUAGCACCUGCUAUUGAACUUCGCGGUCCGACACACCUUGCAGCGGUAUUUCAAGUAUCAGCACGAACUGUGCGUCGCCGUGCCUUGGAGUAUGGCUUAGUAGAGCCAGGAGCCCCAGUGUAUGUUGAUUAUGAAGCUGAAGAUGGGACUGUCACGUGAUUCUACACAUCAUCAACUGCUCCGACUUCUGACCUCUCGGAUGAUGAGCUGGACGGGAUCAUGCAACAGAUACUCGACCGCUUUCCUUACUUUGGUCGUUGGAUGAUCCAAGGACAUUUCCAAUAUCUUGGCCACCGAGUUGACAUGCAGUUGUGUGCUAGAGUCAUAUGCUCGUGUAUAUGGUGCUCCUCUUAACAUUUUUGGCUCGUGGAGGAUACAACACCGUGUUUAUUCUGUUCCUGGUCCCAAUUCUCUGUGGCAUCAUGACGGGCAACAUGGUGUGUCAUGUAACUAUUUGUGGUUCUACCUGCUGCAACUUGUUGUUUACCACAGGAUUGAUACGAUGGCAGUUUGUCAUGCACACCUUCAUAGAUG